AUGACUCCUGAACUAAGAACAAAUAGGUCUUCCGUUUCCGCCUGUCUAUCGUUUGUGGUGACAAAUGAUCUCCGAAACGGCCGGACUGAUUUAUUGGAUCAUAGUUACUAUGCAGUCGAAUCUAGCCCGUUUUUUACUUGCAGCGAAUGUAGGGCGAACUUCGAAAACUACUCAUCGUUAAAAAAGCACUGCAAAAAAACACACCCCAGCCAAAAAUCAUUCCAAAAAUCAGAAUGCCCAAUUUGUGGCAAAUCCGUAAAGAAGCUCGACCUUCACAUGGAACUGCACGAAAACAGUGACAAGUAUUUCUGCACCAUCUGCCAAAAAAAUUUAAAAAGCACAUACGAAUCAAAAAGACACGAAUUUCUUCACUCAAUCCAAGGAAAAAAAUGUCCUCGUUGUGAUUUAAUUUACAAUUUUACUACUGUGGCAGCGUAUUAUGCCCAUCAACAAAAGCAUGAUAACAGUUUUUCACAAGUGGUAUGCGAAGUAUGUGGCAAGAUGUUUGCAGGAAUGCAAAAACUUAAGUUGCAUAGUAGGGUUCAUAAAUACGCAGAUCGGACUUACGCUUGUCCCAUCUGUGACAAGAUUUUUAGAUCUUCAAGUGGAUUUCUCCAUCACAAGAACGUUGAACAUCUUGGUAAAAAAACUGUGUGCGAGAUUUGCGGCAAGGAGUUGUCUAGUCUUCAGAGUUUGAAAGUCCAUAUGGCUUUUCAUUCAGGGGACAGGCCACAUACGUGCGGUGUUUGUGGUAAAGCAUUUAGGUAUGUUAAAGAUUUGAAACAUCAUCUCAGAAUACACAACAACGACAAACCGUUUGAAUGUAAAUACUGUGAUAAGAAAUUUAGGAGCACGUCACAUCUUGUUCUUCAUACCAAACGCAUUCAUGAAGAGAGAGAUAUUCAUUGCGAGAUUUGCGAAAAAUCGUUUGUUUGGCCGGCUCAUUUGCGAAGACAUUUGCGACAAGGAAAUUUUGCCGUUGAAGUGUGUGAAGCUGACGAUGUUCUUAUGCUCCCCAAAAUACAGAAAAUUUCCCAAAGUAACACCCGAUAUAUUUGGGCUCAGCAGUGUCUGAAUUUAAACUUGUCUGGAUACUCCAAAGCUCCACAGGUGCAGUUAGAUGAAUCGCCUGGCCGUUAA